AUGGCGCGCCUGCGGGGCUGGCCUGUCUCCUGCCCAGCCGAGGCCUGUCCCGAGGGGCACUGCACAUGCAUCCAGUCCGAGUUCCACUGUGCAGACCCCGACUGCACGACCUGCAAGCACCACCCCUGCCCGCCCGGCCAGGGGGCGAAGGCCUACGGGAAUUUCACGUUCGGCUUCAAGUGUGUCGACUGUGCCGCAGGGACCUUCUCUGGGGGCCGCGAGGGCCGCUGCACUCCGUGGGCCGACUGCUCCCAGGCUGGGCUUCGCACCAUGUUCCCUGGAAACAAGACACACAACGUGGUGUGCGGUCCCGAGCGUGGGCAGGGGGCUGGGGGGCUGGGGGGCAUCGCCUCUGGGGUGAACAAGCAGCAGAGGCUCUGGGAAACCUCACUGGAUAUUCAAGCCCUCGGGGACCCCAGGGACGAAGAGUAG